GAACGCACACCUCGUAAUACACAUCGUACAAAAAUGCUCCCCAGAAGAUGUCAUGGGCAAAAAUAACAUAAGUUUUAUACGUGUUCAUAGAUUGUGGAAUAAUUUAUUAAUCUUUCCGUUUUUGGAUAACCCGACCGAAAAAUUCCAAUCGAAAAACUGAGCCGAAAUGAUGCUAUAACUGACCGAAAAACCGACCGAGCGGGUGUGAGAAACUGUGAGUCAGCCAUGGGAGCUAGGAAACGAGCUUCAAAAGAACCUGCUGGCGUGGCUGCUAAACAGGAAUCCGGCGAUUCCAAACCGGUUCCAACGCCUGAUGAUGCCUCGUCCGAGCCGAACAUCACCCCUUCAAAAGCUCCAUUAAUGUUCAAAUGCACUGCAAUUUUCUCAAUCCCGUACUUCUACUUGAUCUACUACCACUACCGAAUCGAAUCGGAGCUCCGGAGAUCCAUCAUCAUCAAUGCUAUUAUUAGCUUGCUUGGUUACUUCGUAACCCUAGCUAUGAUCCCCGUGGCCUCGAAAUACCUUCUUAGAAGGAACUUAUUCGGAUACGAUAUCAACAAGAGGGGCACUCCUCAAGGCACCGUUAAAGUGCCUGAGUCACUGGGUAUUGUUGUUGGGACCGUUUUCUUGGUUGUGGCUAUCUUGUUUCAGUACUUUAACUUCACAGCUGAUUCAAAUUGGCUUGUUGAGUACAAUGCGGCAUUAGCUUCAAUCUGCUUCAUGAUGAUGCUUGGAUUUGUUGAUGAUGUUCUUGAUGUACCAUGGAGAGUGAAAUUGUUAUUGCCAUCUAUUGCAGCUCUUCCUUUGUUGAUGGCGUAUGCUGGGCAUACAACUAUUGUUAUACCAAAGCCUCUAGUUCAAUAUGUUGGAUUAGAAAUUGUGGAUCUAGGAUGGAUUUAUAAACUAUAUAUGUGGCUCUUGGCCAUAUUUUGCACAAACUCCAUAAAUAUCCAUGCUGGCAUCAAUGGCCUUGAAGUAGGGCAAACAGUUGUUAUUGCAGCUGCUAUUUUGAUUCAUAAUAUCAUGCAAAUUGGAGCAUCUACGGACCCCGAGUACAAACAAGCCCAUGCAUUUUCUCUUUAUCUUGCCCAACCAUUGCUUGGCACUUCCUUGGCGUUACUUUCUUACAACUGGUAUCCUUCUUCGGUUUUUGUUGGUGACACCUUCACCUACUUUGCUGGAAUGACUAUGGCAGUAGCUGGCAUUUUGGGUCACUUUAGUGAAACACUUCUGAUAUUCUUUACCCCUCAAGUUUUGAACUUUUUGCUGUCACUCCCUCAGCUAGCUGGUAUUAUCCCUUGUCCACGGCAUCGACUGCCUAAAUUUGAUCCUCAGACGGGUUUACUGACUGGUACAAAUGACGGAACAUUGGUAAACUUCUUCUUAAGACAACUUGGCAGAAUGUCAGAACAGUCCCUUUGCAUUGUAUUACUACUUUUCCAGGCCUUCUGCUGCUGCUUCUGUUUCCUGCUGAGGUGGCUUCUUACUGGUUGGUAUAAAUGAAGAAGUUGCAACAGCAAAGAAGCGCACAACUGAAUGAAAUCAUGUACAGCUGAACUUGUAUACUACGACUUAACCAACUCACCCUGGAAAUUCAGAGUUCUUUUGUUGUCGCGGGAGGUAAGUAGAACAGUUGCUUUUAAAUGAGUUUAAGAACUAGGUCUGUUGGAGUUUUGACCUAACUCAUAAGAGUUCCAAGAGAAUCAUUGUUUUAUUAACUGGAGCGCGCUAAACUUUAUAUAGGCUCAGUUUUCUUAUCGAGAAGCUUUACAGAUUUUUGCAGCAUUAUAUAUUAUUUUUCUGGUAGAGCCGGUUGUUAGUCGGGCCUCUGUUUUGGAUCCAAAUUCAAGCGAGUCCAGUGUUUGCUUUGGGUGUU